CACUCCACUCCCUGAUAAACAGUCCCUCACGAUCUUUCCUGUAGGCCCCUUCAGGUACUGGAAGGCCGCAGUUAGAUCUCCCCGGAGCCGCCUUUUCUCCAGGCUGAACAACCUCAACUCUCUCAGCCUGUCCCCAUAGAAGAGGUGCUCCAGCCCUCUGAUCAGCUUCAUGGCCUCCUCUGGACUCUCUCCAACAGCUCAAUGUCUGUCCUUUCAGUUGAUUUUAACAGAAAUUACUUAUUUUGAAACUAACCACGCCCAUAGCUUGAAUUACGAGAGAGCAAAUAUUGGCAUGUCUUGCUGUCCUGGGGAGGAGUCGGGUCAUACUUUUCCCAGAAGGAAGAAGCUGUGCAGCUCUGGGUGAAGGAAGCCAAACUCGAGAGGCAAAGCUCACCUGCAAAGCGCAGCAGCUGCGGUGGUGUCCCUGCCCGCUCUGCGAUGGCAACCUUUGAGGAGCAGACGGAGUGCAUCGUGGAAGCCUUGUUCUCUGACCUCCUAGGUGAAGAUGAGAGUGCUUGUCGGAGCCUGGAGACAGACUUGGGAGUGCGUUGUGCUGCUCCACAGUCCGAGGAGUCUGCGGAAGAGCUUCCAACCAAGUUUGACCCAGUCGUGAUCGCCAGCCGCCUGCGGCAGAUGGGGGACCGGUGCAACAUGGAUUUUGAAAGCGUUUCCUCAGAGGCUCUUGCUGAAGUGCUCAAGGGGAAGAUGGAGAAGUUUGGGACUGCCGUGGAGACUCUCAGCCAGAGUUGGUGUGACCAGAACGCUGAGCUGGUCUAUGAGAGAGCUUUUCUCUGUGUUUCUGUGAAAUUGCUAACACAUGUUAUUAAGAAAGUCUCAGCUACAGUGCAACCCAUCCAACUCAUAAAAGUGAUUAAUGGAAAUUCUCGAGUGAGAAACCACAUCGAGGCCUGCGGCGGAUGGGUAAGGAUGCAAAGGUGGUGGUGAUGUUUGCCUGGAUGUUCAUGGCUCUUCCUUUGUGUCUCUCACCUCUCCCACCUGCCUCAUUCGGCUCGUCGCUGGUACCCGGUGCGUCCCCCGAGACAUGCGCACCAGCUAACUCUGCGUAUAGCCGUGGGUACGGCUUUGCUGAGCACCUCAGUGAAGUCUUGCGGGAGUCGGCAUCAAACUUCCCAUCUGCUUCUCUAUCUCAGGGUUUAAUUCCUUAUCUCGGUAUCUUGGGAGCUCACCUUGCUACCUUAGAUGAGAAUCAAAAUCAAGAAGGAUGGGCCAGACAAAAAGCGCUGUCCUGCUCACGCAGCUUUACAGACCCCGCUUGGUGCAUUUUACCAGGGGAAGGGACGACAUCGGUCCGGGAGAGGGUCACAGCGGGAGGCAGGUCGCUUGUUCCGCCAUCCCGCAUCCUCCUCUUUCUGCUGGUUCCUUUAAACCUGCCUUGAAUUCUUUCUCUAAAACACAUGCACGUGGGGUUUUUGUUUGUUUUCAGGAGAACUUGGACAACUGAGAGAAACGGCUGUAUUACUUUCCAGAAGGUGAACCUGGGCUGUUCAUUGAUUUAACUGAGAAAUGCUGUUGUAUUUCUUCAGGAGACUGCAAGCAGAACUCCACACAAAAGCACCAUGUAAAAGAGAUUCUGUAUCACUGCAAGCAAAAA